UAUGUUUCCCUCCGCGGGGCGCAGUGCAUCAUGCUCCGUGGCCCUUGCCGCCUCUUCAGGGUUUCCGUGGCACCCGUCGCGGCCCUGGCUGUGGCGCUGGUCUCGUCGCUCUCUCGCUGCUCCCUCCUGGAGCCGGAGAACCGCGUGGUCUCGCCGCUCAGCCCCUACUUCGGCACCAAGACUCGCUACGAGGAUGCCAACCCCGGGCUGCUGCCGGACCCCGAGGCGCCACGGCGGGACCCACAACUGCUGGAGGAGACCUGCACCCCGGUACAGCUGGUCGCCCUCAUCCGCCACGGCACCCGCUACCCGACCACCAAACAGAUCCGCAAGCUGCGGCAGCUGCACGGACUGCUGCAGGCCCGCGGGCCCGGGGAUGACCGGAUCCGCGCUGCCGGCGGCGGCGACCUGGGCGCUGUGCUGGCCAACUGGCCGCUGUGGUACGCAGACUGGAUGGACGGGCAGCUGGUGGAGAAGGGGCGGCAGGACAUGCGACAGCUGGCCCUGCGCCUGGCCUCCCUUUUCCCGGUCCUCUUCAGCCGAGAAAACUGCGGCCGCCUGCAGCUAGUCACCAGCUCCAAGCACCGCUGCAUGGACAGCGGCGCCGCCUUCCUGCAGGGACUGUGGCAGCACUACCACCCUGGGUUACCGCCGCCCGACGUCGCAGACAUGGAGUGUGGACCUCCAAGAAUUAAUGAUAAAUUAAUGAGGUUCUUUGAUCAUUGUGAGAAGUUUUUAACUCAAGUGGAAAGGAAUGCUACGGCUCUUUAUCAUGUAGAAGCCUUCAAAACUGGACCAGAAAUGCAGAACAUUUUAAAAAAAGUUGCAGGUAUUUUGCAAGUGCCAGUCAACAACUUAAAUGCAGAUUUAAUUCAGGUAGCUUUUUUCACCUGUUCAUUUGACCUGGCAAUUAAAGGUGUUAAAUCUCCUUGGUGUGAUGUUUUUGACAUAGAUGAUGCAAAGGUUUUAGAAUACUUAAAUGAUCUGAAACAAUAUUGGAAAAGAGGAUAUGGGUAUACGAUUAAUAGUCAAUCCAGCUGCACCCUGUUUCAGGAUAUCUUUCAGCACUUGGACAAAGCAGUUGAACAGAAACAAAGAAUUGUUCUUUCAUGAUGUCAUGGAAGAGAAAACAAAUUUAUCAAGAAACUUGGAAGCUUGCUUUGAGUUAUAACCAGAACCACUAUCAAAAUAUGUUUGUUCACUGGAAAACCUGUUUUACAAGUGGAUUUUCAUUGUGUUUUGGGGAAACCUUUUGUGCCAAAUGAAUCAGCAAAAACAUUUUCUAAAUCCUGUUGGAACCACAACCUGAAGUUACUAAUGAUAUUUAAAAAUCACAUUUUGUUAAGAAAUACCUUGUACAGUAAAAAUGAUGGAUAUAUGUUAAAUAUAUUUAUAAUUUCAUCUAUUUAAAUGAACCACUGUGCUAUAUAAACUGCUGGUCUUAGGCACCAGGUUAGAACACAGCUUUUCAAAAAUUUAUUUCAAAACCUGAGAAAAUCAAACAUACCCAUUACUGAAAUCCGUCCUUUUAGUCUGUGAAAUGAAUUGCUUCCUUUGUUUCUACCAGAUCCCCUUGUUAUCCAUUGGCUUUAAAUGGAUAGACAGUUGCAGAAUUUUCCAAAAGUGAUCACAGAACUGACUCAAGCCUUUGGAAUCUGUUGGACUAGUGGUGUUUUGUGGUCUGGCUCACAAACGUUAAGGUUACUCCAGUCUUCACUAGAACCACAAGCCUUGCCCUUGGCAGAUUUAAAUAUUCAAUUCAAUUUUUCAGACAUGUGCUAGAAGAAGAAGGGAGAAAGGUGAUAGGAAUAAUCCGUGCCCAAGGUCCACAAUUACCUCUCACAAUACUUUGUUAAAACAGAGUGUCCUUCUGAUUUUGGCGACGUGCUGGAUUAUGCUAAUGCCAGAUAAAAAACAAAUAUUCUGGUAUCAGAUAAAUUUCCUAAUUACCAUUUAGAUGGUAUAGUCAAUAUGACUCUCUAAAAUAUUUGCCUCUCUAAAAUGUGUAGGUAGAGAGGGGCUACAUUAUUUUUAAAACAAACACACAAGCAAACAAAUAAAUAAACAAGCUAUGGGAUUACCAUGAGAACCUCAAUAAGCACUCAUGUAUGAGCAUAGUGCUAGAUACUCAUUAAGCACAUAAUAAUUGGUUAAAUACCAGUCCAGUGCCUUAUGCUUUAUAGGUGAUAUCAAUUAGCUAUUGCUGUAUAACAAACUAUCUCAAAACUCAGUGGGUUAAAACGGUGGCCAUUUACUGUUGUUCAGGAGUUUAUUAAUCAUCUGAAUGGUUCUUUGGUUGUGGAUGGACUCACGCAUGUAUUUGUAGUCAGCUGUGGUGGGCUUGUAGACAGCUUUUCAGAUUUUUGGAUGAGAGUCAGUAGGGUGCUGGUCUAAGAUGGACCUGGAUGAAAUGAAUCAACUCUGCUCCAUGUGGCCUCCCAUCCUUCAGCAGGUUAGCCUGGGCUUGUUCACAUGGCAGUCACAGGGCCCCAGGAGAUAGAUCAGAAACAGACAAAGCCAUUUGGGGCCUAGGCUUUGAACAGAUACAUCACUGCUUUAACCAAAUUCUGUUGUCAAAAUUUUUGACAGAGCAAAUCACAAAGUCAACCUGUGUUAAAGAAGUUGGGGAAAUAUUCUCCGCCUUUUGGUGGGAGUGACCAAGUUACAUUGCAAAGUACAUGCAUACAUGGAAGGGUGGAUAAUUGGAGCUAGUUUUGCAAUUAGGCUGCUACAUAGAUUUUCAAUUAAUGUGAGAGAAUAUGUGAAAGUAAGGGAGUUCACUUAUAAGCUGCUGAAUAAUGAUGUUUGUAUUUGGGGUUUCCACUUCCUUUAAAUUUUAGGUUUGAAGUUUGGAUUCUUUGAUUCUUUGGUGGUGUGCAAUAGAAAUUGUAGGUAGCAGGACAAAAAAAAAAAGAAAACAAAGAAGAAGAUAUAUAGGAUAGCUCACAGAAUCUAAGGAUGAGCUUCAGCAAGGACAGGAACCCUGGAUCACCUAGAAUUUAGAUAGCAAGAAUUAAUCCAUUCAGGGCACUGCCUUGGGUUUCAGAUUUCCUGGAGAGAAAGUCCAGUUGGCCUCUGGAUUAACUGCCCAGGCCUUGGUCAAAGGAGGGCCAGAUACCUUGAUUCUAAAGUCUUACCAAGAGCACAAGCAAAGAGGCUGGACAGUUCUCCAAGAUAAAAUGGAAUUCACUACCAGAUGAAGGGAAUUCAGGGCAGGCAAAUACAACAGUAUCCUCUACAAAGUUUAAACAACUUAAUCCUAGAAAAGCAGUUCUGGUAGUGGUUAAAUCCCUACUAGUGUGGGCAUGGAGGAAUCAACUGUCAUGUCUUUUCUUAUCACUCUUCCCAGUAAGUAAACUUUAGAAAGUAGCCAGAGGCAAAGGAUGCAGAUUAUGCAGAGAGGGAAGAUAAAUUAGAGGUGGCUUUCCUCUACCCAUUCAACGACAGGCAAUCACUUACUUAUUUAAUUCUUCAUCUGCCCUGGCCUGAUCAAAGCAUAAUCUACAGGUAGCAGCCUUUGCUCUGCUUCAAAGAACGUGGGAAAUGUAUGGCCAAAGAGAGAAGGUACUUAGGAGUCGUAUUAAGUUAGGAAUGCUUCUGGCUGCUGGUGACUUUACUCAUAGGACACUUAUUGUUACUGAGUAGGAAGUCCCAAAGUAGUGGUCCCAGGGUGGGCCCAGAAACUCACCAGAGUCCUCUAAGGACCCCAUCCUCAGUGUAGCAGCAGUGUCUCCUCAUAGCUACAAGAUGGCUGCUGCAGCUCCCAGCAUCAUGUCCUCACAGGACAGCAUCUCUAGCAGAAAGGAGAGAGGAAAGAGAAAAAAAAAGCUUUUGCUUUGUUUGCCUCCCUUUAAUUAACACCCUUCAGUGUUAUCCUUUAACACCCUUACAUCUUAUUGGCCAGAACAUGACCAUCCUUAAACCAGUUACUAUAGAAGGGGAAAGAGGUCGCCACAACGGGCUUAGACUAAUUUUAGUUCAAUCUCUCAGGUUGGGCACAUUGCCUCUGACAUUUAUGGUGCCUCCAAUCACAUUUACUUGGCCUUGUCCCUAAUUCCAGCCCCAAAGGGGGUCAGGGCUGGCUUCGUGGGGCAUGGGACCUGUGUAGUUGCACAGGGCCUCUCGUUUAGAAGGUCUUGGUUUAAUGCUCUUCUGUUGCUGUCUUGAAAUUCUUAAUAGUUUUUUAACAGAGAACCCAGCCUUUUCAUUUUGCACUGGAUCCCACAAAUUACGUAGCCAGUCCUGGCUGGGGUGGGCAUAGGCCUUGACUCAAUUCUCCCCAACAGCCCUUGCUGCAAGCAGGCACCCGUGGGUGCACUCAGUCAGCUGGUGGACAUGCAUAGCUUGGAAGGGUGGCGGGCUAACACCCCCAAACUCUAACUACUACAGCACAGAAACAAUAGAGAAAUGCUCAUGCAUCCCAUCCUUCAGGGUCAUUCUGCACGCUUCUUAGAAGGUCCUGGUGGAAUCCACCUCCAUUGCCCACAGCAGUGACCUUGAUAGCAUACUCUUCUAUUGGCUUUUCUUCUUUCUCUGUCCAAUUCUACUCAGGCCCUCAUUCCUAGUCCCUGAAAUCACCUUCCAAAUAAAUACUUGCACACUAGUCUUAUCUCAGGCUCUGCCUUCGGGAGAAUCCAUGCUCAAACACCAUCCAAAAAAAUCAUGGUUUGGGACUUCCCUGGUGGCCCAGUGGGUAAGACUCCGCACUCCCAAUACAGGCGGCCUGGGUUCAA